GUUAUAAUUAACAGGAUGACGACGGCAACGGCAACCUAUAUGGAUUUGGAUCAAAUGCAUUAUGAAUAUGGAAAGUCAUUGAUGGAACAGAUCAAUGCCGAAGAUGACACCACAAUCAAUAUCAUUGGUGAUGAUGUCCACAAAAACCAUAUGAUCGGUGACGGCGGCGGCGGCGGCGACAGCAAAGUAUCCAAAGAUCAGCUCAAAGGACUGAUUGAAAUCGAAAGAUUUCUUAAUAUUACGAAAAACAAUACGUCAGCCAUGAAUGAGACAAAAACUAUUGACGAAGAAAGGCGACGAAAGAAUAGAGAAUCGGCGGCCAAAUGUCGGCUACGAUUGAGACAAAGGAUUAUCGAUCGGGAAAAGAGAGUCAAAGAAUUGAAGAACAAAAGAGAUGCUCUGAAGAAUGAGUUAACAUUACUGGAGAUUCAGAUACAAUCGCAAAGCGAAGAGAUCAACAAACAUAAGUUGACCUGUAAUUAUGGUAAUGAUAUUAAUAAUAAUAUCAAUAACUUCUACAACAACAACAACAAUAACAACAUCUUCACCACCACCACCACCAACAACAACAACAACAUUGGCAUCGCUGGUGGUAGUGGUGUUGGUUAUGUAAUUGAGAUAGACUUACCCUUAUUUGAUGAUAAUUUUGAUGGUAUUAUCGGUGCUGCUAUUGUUGGUGACAAUAAUAUUAAUAAUAAUAAUGGUAUCGAUGACGAUGACGGUUAUGGUGACACUGAUUAUAAUAAUAAUAAUCAUAAAGUGUUUGUCAGAGCGGUGUUUGACUUAGAGGUUGUGGCAGAUAAAUAG